ACUACUUAGUAAACACACCACAGGUCCCCAGGGGGGUACGGUGUUCCGUGAGAGUUCCGAUCGAGGUCGAGCGAAACUAAAUGGUUCCAUAGUGCAGUGCACAUUGGAAAGCCGUGUCGUUGGUUUCUAACUGUGAUCGAAGCAACCCGCGAAACAGUGCACAACUAGGCAUAAUCUAACUUGCAUCGACAGUACACCGUUCUUCGUUCGUACAGCGGAAGUGGAAUAAUCGUAUCGAUCAGUCUGCUCUAGUUGCUGGUUCGUCCUCCUACGGUUCUCAGGGUGCGGCGGAAGUGAGAUCGAUUUUUACCGUACUGCAGAGCAGCUUCAACCGCCCGCCGGCCAACGUUAUAUCCUGCGGGUCUGCUGAACCUGAAGUACCGCACAAUUACGUGUGCUUGCCUGUGUGGCUGUGUGUGUUUGUCUAUUGGUAGCCGGAGCAAGCGUAUCACUGGGAUGCUCCACCUGGUACGGGAUUCCCAGGAAUAGUGUCCGAGGCCAGUGCCUGUAACCUUCGAAAAUAGGGCAUCUCUAGGUUACUGCAGCUUACGAAAGUUUCAAUGGUGCCCCCGCGAAUGGCAGUGUGUUACGCUAAUUGGGUGACAACGGCAUCGGUUCAGUAACGCGGAAACAUAAGACAAACCGAGACAAACAAAGUCAUCGUCGUAAGGAACAAACAGCUGGAACCUGCAAACUGAUUCGCAGGCCGAAACAAACGCAAAACGCAUCGCACCCCGCCGUUGAAGGAUUUCCCUUCCAAUUACGCUGCGAAGCUGGAGAAUGCCGCUAGCAAACUCGAUCGAUCCAUGGAGAGAGAAAGUCCCAAUCAAUAUCGUCGGUAUCGAGACGUCCUCGCAGGACAAUGUCGAGAUGGUGGUCGAUGAAGCCUACGAUCCGCUGCCAGCUACGGCGCAACAUCAGACGGAGCUAGUGCAACAACAGCAGCAGCAGCAGCAGCAUCAACAGCAGUACCAUCACCCACCUCAUCAUCAUCACCAACAUCCGCCCGCCAACAGCCGCCAUCAGCACCAGCAGCAGCAGAUUCAAGGGAUGGUGACGUACCAUCCGCAGCAGCACGGGCAACCGGAGGCGAUGCUGGACGACGAUGAGCUGCCCGACGGUGGGGGAAGAUACCACCAUCACCAGUAUCACCCUCAUCAUCAUCAUCACCAGCGCGUGCCGGCCGACGGAGCGGAGCUGCUUGUGGGGGCCGAGGAAGCGAUGGAUCUGGAUAUGGGCGGCGGAUUAGUUGGGGCUGCCGGCGAGGGUGAUAUGGGACAGCAGCUGCGCGGUGAUGGGGCUGGCGGUGGUGAUACAGGUGGAAAUGGGAAUGGAUCGGACGAGCACGAGAUCGACAUCAAGGAUAUUAUCCGCGAGGGCCACGAGAAGGCUGACCCGUCGCAGUUCGAGCUGCUGAAGGUUCUCGGCGAGGGCUCGUUUGGGAAGGUGUUUCUGGUGCGAAAGAUUGUCGGCAUCGAUGCCGGCACGCUCUAUGCCAUGAAAGUAUUAAAAAAGGCGACACUGAAGGUGAAGGAUCGCGUCCGGAGCACGAACGAGCGCAACAUCCUGGCCGAUGUGGGGCAUGCGUUCAUCGUGAAGCUACACUACGCCUUCCAGACGCCCGGCAAGCUGUACCUCAUACUGGACUUCCUGCGCGGCGGUGAUCUGUUUACGCGGCUGAGCAAGGAGGUGAUGUUUACGGAGGAGGACGUCAAGUUUUACCUGGCGGAGCUGGCACUCGCCCUGAACCACCUGCACGGUAUCGGCAUAAUCUAUCGGGACUUGAAGCCGGAGAAUAUUUUACUAGAUCAGGACGGACACAUAGCUUUAACGGACUUUGGCCUAUCGAAGCAACCACUGGAUGGUUCGAAAACGUACAGCUUUUGCGGCACGGUCGAGUACAUGGCACCGGAGGUCGUGAACCGAAAAGGACACACGUUCGCGGCGGACUGGUGGUCGUUCGGUGUGCUUAUGUUCGAGAUGCUGACGGGAAACCUGCCGUUCCACGGUAGCAACCGGAAUGACACGAUGAACCAAAUCCUCAAGACGAAGCUCGGUAUGCCGGAAAACCUGAGCCCGGAAGCGCAGAGUCUGCUGCGGGCACUUUUCAAGCGUAACCCGCUCAAUCGGCUCGGGGCUGGCCCGAACGGCAUCGACGACAUCAAGCGGCACGAGUUCUUUGCCAACGUCGACUGGGACGCGUUCGAGCGCAAGAAGGUUCGGCCACCGUUCAUCCCGGCCGUGUCGCGGGACGAUGCGUUCUACUUCGAUUCCGAGUAUACGAACAAAUCGCCAAAGGAUUCUCCCGGUGGUCCUGUCAGUGCCAGUGCGCACGAAAUCUUCCGUGGGUUCAGUUUCAUCGCGCCGGGGCUGCUGGACGAGCAGCCAAACUUUGCCAACGGUAGCAGCAUGGUGAUGCAGCAGCAGCCCGCCUCGAGGUCACCGUUUUCGAACGAAAUUCCGGGAGUGAAGCCGGUCGCCUUCGGCGAUGAGUACUUUCUGAUGCAGGAGUUAGGUCGGGGCACGUUUUCCAUCUGUCGAAUGUGUGAGCAUCGUACGACGAAGAAGCAUUACGCGGUGAAGAUAAUCGACAAAUCCUACCAUGAUUGCCGAGAGGAGGUUGAAAUUUUGCUACGCUACGGUAACCAUCCGAACAUUGUUACACUGUACGGCGUGCAUGAGGAUACGAGCUACGUGUACCUGGUGAUGGAGCUGCUAAAGGGCGGUGAGCUGCUCGAUCGCAUCCUGGCCAUCCAUUACAUGACCGAGCAGGAGGCUAGUGCUGUGCUCCGAACCGUGGUAUCGGCCGUCGCCUAUCUGCACGAACAUGGCGUUGUACAUCGGGACCUAAAGCCGUCGAAUCUACUGUACGCGUCCGUCAAUCAUACGCCCGAAUCGUUGAAGUUGUGCGAUCUCGGAUUUGCCAAGCAGUUGCGGGCCGAUAAUGGGCUUCUGAUGACGCCCUGCUACACGGCCAACUUUGUUGCACCGGAGGUACUGAAGAAGCAAGGGUACGAUCUGGCCUGCGACAUCUGGUCGCUCGGGGUGCUGCUGUACAUUAUGCUGGAUGGCAAAACACCCUUCGCUAGCACUCCCAACGAUUCGCCAGACAUGAUUCUCGCUCGUAUCGGGUCGGGAAAAGUGGAUUUGGAGACCGGCAAAUGGCCCACUAUAUCGGAGGAAGUAAAGGAACUGCUUCGCCAGAUGCUGCAUAUUGUACCCUCGAGGCGUCCCACCGCCGCUCAGAUCCUGCGGCAUCCAUGGCUUUCACGAUGCGCCCCACGGCCAGCAUACAGCACGGCAGCUACGCAGCACGGUGAUCGACCGGUAGUAGUCGAACCAGCAGCGCAGGGGGCCAAAAUGACCAACGAAAACACGGAAGCUAUCAAGGGAGCGGUGCACGCCACGUUCCGGGCGAUUUCCUCUCCCCAGGCGGCAAACUUGGGCCCGGUCGGGAUGUCCGAUCUGGCGCGAAGACGAAUGGAUAAGAUGAACCAUUCGUAAUAUUGUAUGUUGGGUGGUGGACGCAUUACCUUGCGUUAGCGGUUUCCCUCUCUGUCCCCCGGGGAUGGUUGUUCUUCCAACCUUUGUCUCGCGCGAUUAGUGGGAAUGGGAAAACAGUGGUUUUUGUUGUUUUUAAGAAUAGCUUUACUGCAUGAGGAACGAAGAGAAACAAUGUGGUUUAGUUGAAAUAGUACUACGUCGAUGGUGACACUAAACAUGAUCCUAGCGACAGUGGCGUUUAGCAUGGUUUAUCACAUUGUACGAUAACACUGGAACAAUCAUCGCGUACACCACGACAUUGCAAUGGUUCGUUCGCUUUAAAUGUAUACAAACUUACUGCAGGAUGGUGGAGAACAAACUGAAAAAUCUGAAUGUAGCCAUUACACACUUUUAUAAAGUGAAUCGUGUUCGCGAUCAAUGUCGAUGAAGGUACGCUUUACUGUCGGCGAAGUAUUUUACUGUAAUUCUUCUACCCUGCUAAUGAUAUGCUGUAACAUUAUUUUAUUGCUUGUAACACCUGGUUCCAGUGGCUUUUACAUUGUUUUUAUUUUUAAUUCUUGAUGAUGUUUUACUGUGUAAGAGAAGUGUUGCGGUUGUUCAUUGAGUUUUAUAAAAAGAUUUUUUAAAGUGUUUUUUUUACCAAGUAUUACAUCAUUUCCCACGCGAAAAGGGUUAACUAAUUGAUAAGUAACCUGCCAUAAUCCCCAUUUUUAGUAGUAUAUAUAUAAUAAAAGUCUAGUAGCAAUUGGAACAACACAAACAAUUGGGCGAACAGAACAAUAAAUGCAAAUUACACUUUGUAGCGAAUCUAUGAAGGUAGGGAAACUGAGCUCUUUGCUGUACACUGUUCAAUGGUGGCUUUCAACGGACAGGGAUAGUGUUAGUUGUUAACCGUACGGUAUCGAUCGAGUGCACGAACUAUCGGGCAGGUUGUUGCCUCAAGAAAAAAAAAAAACACAAAAUACUUCAAUUAGGCAAGCACGGCAGCCCGUUAGUAUCCAAAGCAUA